CGAAUCGAUGGGCUGUGCACCUACGCCGUCAGACGAAUCUGAUCAAAAAAAUUGGCUUGGCGUGUCCGAAGCUGACCAAUCGCUGGCUUCACAUGGGCAACACACUCGAUUGGAUGCUAGCCAAGCGCUUGCGUCUGCUGACGCACAUUGAGGAGAAAAAGCCCGUUGAUGCGCCCACCGAGGUGUGGUAUAUCGAAGCAGCAGCUGUUGCGGCAAUGACGGCCAUGGUGAACGCGACGCUUACGAGGAUCCAGGCAAAGGACAUGAUCAUUUCGCAGCAGCGUAGUGAGAUUGAACAUAUGGUCUGUCGGUUGUGCACCCUGGUCUCCGCCAAGCUGUUGUCCGAUGACCUCAACCUGGUCAGUGCAGAUGAUGUGUGAUCUCUACAUUGGUGGCUUCUGGCGGACACACUGAUCAACUUCAUCGGGGAGCAGGGAUCAUUCGUCCGCGAGCUACUCCGUAAUCUCAGUCUGGACGACAAGCCGAAAGUUCUACGAGAGAUUGGCGAAUUCAUCCUCCAUAUCCUUGAGGGUAUGUGCAAUGUCCAAGGAGAACGUGAUAGCAGAAACCAGGCUGCCGCUUCACUUGCUCCUGCGGUCAUGCCGGCUGAGUUGGUCAAGAUGACACCUCGUAUAUUUGUUGCCGAGAUGCUCGACCCACGCCGAGCCCAUAUAGCAAAGUUCUGGUCUACAGAGCAGGUCGAGGAGAUCGAGAGCGAUCACCGCUCACUGUGUCGAGAAUACAUGGUAAACAAACGUGUUAAGACCAACAAGAUCAUGAGACUAUGUUUAACGGUGGCUGGAAUAACGUCCAGGGCUGCAUAACAGAUGGUUCGUUUUGUUCUUUGAGAAAGUUCUGCUGCGGAUUUGCCACCGUUUUUGCCAACACAACGUCGGUGGAGUCGGAUUUUUCCAUAUUGAAGUGGGAGAAGUACUAUCGGCGGACGGAUUUGACUUGUCUGGCACUGGAGGGGAUAUUCCAAGCGAAACAGUUCGACCUACUUACUCGUCUGUAGUGAUAAAACAUGAGCAUUUGGUAAACUUUGGCAAAUGUCGAAUUGAAGACCAGGUGGUGCCGAAAUUAGCCUAUUCUCGGUAGAUUAGGCGUUCGCAAUUUUACUGAGAUCUGAGUUAAUGGCACGUGAGAGGUUAAAUGUUCAAUUCACUAAUCUGUUCGGCAUGCUCAAAUCUACUUUGGUCAACAUAAGCACGUUGGAUUUCGUAUGUCUGUAAUUCCUUAUUGAUGUGUGGCG